AUGAUCUUGAUCUACAAGAAAAUCAAGAAGCGCAAUGAGAGGAAAAAGCUGGAACAGCGUCAACAGGAAGCAGGCAACAAUGAACCCGCUGUUACACUCACUGAGGAUGCUUUGGAAGCACAGCCCAGGGUAGUGCCCAAGGCGAGUGAGACAGCACCUGAGAAAGAAGACUCGUCGCCAGAAAACAAAGCUGCUAAGAGGAAAAGACGUGUCUACCGCUGGAAACUGAUCCUAGGUCUCUUCGGUCCUUUUUGUCUUCAGUCGCUAGAUACGACGAUCAUUGCCUCUGCGCUACCUUACAUCGCCGAAGACUUUGACCAAGUCAGUCAAUUGAAUUGGAUCAUCUCAGCUUUUAACUUGACCUCCGCCGCAUCCCUGUUCUUCUGGGCCCAACUUUCAGAUCUAUUCGGCAGACACAAUACUCUCCAAGCCGCCAUCUUCACCAUGGUUAUUGGCUCGGCCAUUUGCACCGGUUCUCCAACCUCUACAUUCAGUGUUCUUCUCCUCGGUCGUGCGUUACAGGGUGUCGGGGCAGCCGGAGUCAAUAUCUCUGUUCGGACCAUUCUAGCAGAUGGUGUCUCGCUCUCGGAGUUCGCGGUGAACUGGACUAUCUUUGCUCUCGUGGCGGGCAUCGGGUUCAGCAUUGGUCCCGUUAUCGGUGGAUACUUGACCACCGCGUCGUGGCGGUGGUGCUUUGCCAUCAACCUACCUAUCGGCGUUGCAGCUAUGAUUUUGGUAGUCUUCAUUCUUCGCAAAGACCUCCAGGGCCCACAGCCUCUUCCGGAGCUGGAAGGGAGGGAUCUUUCUACCGUUUCUCGACGUUUUAUGGCCCGGAUCGCAACAAUUGAUUUUGGUGGCCAGAUGCUCUUCCUUUGGGGAUUUGGCCUUCUUAUUCUGGCCUUGACAUGGGCUGGUGGUAAUUAUGCUUGGGAUUCUGCGGCCGUCUUGGCUCCAAUUAUUAUCGGUGCCAUAUUAUCUAUCGCUUGGGUCGUCUAUGAGCGAUUUAUGGUGCCGGGUGCUUUCAUGGCGCGUGCCUUGCCCCGUCAAAAGGCUAUGAUGCCAUGGGAGUUGAUAUCCCAACGUGACAUUGGCUUACUAUUUCUCAUCAACUUCACGAUGGGGGUUUCUAUGUUCGCUGUCAUGUACUUUAUGGAUCUUUACUUUGCUCUCGUGGAAGGGAACAGCUCAAGUAAAGCUGGAACGUCCCUGCUAUACUUCCUACCCGGCUUAGGUGCUGGUGUCUACCUGGCUAUGUUCUCGUCAAACAUCUGGCCUCGCCAAACCCUCCCCACUCUCAUAGUCGGCAGCCUCGCCUCGGCCGUUGGGAUCACAGUCCUGGCUUGGGCCGUCAAAGCCGCUCAAACAAACGUCAUCUACGGGAUGAUGGCCCUAGUAGGCUUCGGUAUCGGUAGCCGCAUGAACCCCGCCUCUUUACACGGCCUCGCUUAUUUCCCAGCCAUGACGGCCCAGAUUUCAUGUCUGGUCUCAUUCGCUCUGCCUUUUGGUGGUCUUGUUGGGUUGACUAUCAUGUCGACGGUUUUCACUAACAAAAGUGGGGUUGACCAGUCGGAUCCAAAGCAAGGUAUCAAGUGGGCGUUUAUUGCCAUGAUACCUUUCAUGUGGAUUUCCGUCAUCUUGACUACUUUCCUUGGGAAUGUUUGGAUCAAGAAAGAUGGUGGACAUGAGGUUGUUAAUGGGGCGUACUUGUGGAGCUUUCUGACUCGAAAGAAACUUACGAGGGAGAGCCGGGAUCGAGGGGAGGAUGUGAGACCGGUUCAUGAUGAGAAACAAAGGGAUAUUGAGAUGACUUCUGCCCAACCUGUUUCGGGUCGGAUUGAUGGGGACGAGGAGAUUACACGGCUUUGA